UGUCAAACAAAAUGACAUUAAGUUAUAGCCUUAAAAUUCGAUUAUUUAAAAGAUUAUUUAAUGAAAAACACUUAUUUUGCCAUAACUACAGCAGUAAUUCUCGUUAUAAUGUUCUGUUCUUCGGCUCGGACGGUAUAGCAUUAAAAAGUUUGAAGAAAAUAAACGAAUUCCGAAAAUCCGCAAACUGUAUCAACCGCCUCGAUUUAGUUACCACUAAUAAUUCAAAGCACCGGUCAGUCACAGAAGAGUACGCUCAGAAAGAGAAUUUGAAGACAAUACCAUGGCCAUUACAGAAUCUCCAGCGACUGGACUACGAUAUUGGGCUGAUUGUAGCAUUCGGACACCUAAUACGAGAUCAUGUCUUAGAAAAAUUCCCACUAGGCAUGGUGAAUGUGCACCCGAGCCUGCUGCCUCGCUGGCGCGGCGCGGCACCCAUCAUCCACACUUUGCUGCACGGAGACCAGCUUACUGGAGUCAGUCUAAUGAGGAUCAAACCUAACAUUUUCGAUGUGGGUGAAAUCAUCAGCCAAAGAACUGUACCUGUGCCUAAAGAUAUUUUGCUGCCGGAGCUGACAGAGCAGUUAUCAGAGAUUGGUGCUGACAUGCUGGUAGAUUGUAUGAGAACCUUACCGGAGAGCUUGGCUAAUGCUAAACCGCAGAGCGAGGAAGGUGUCAUUUAUGCUAAAAAAAUCAACAAAAGCAUCAGUGACGUCAGAUGGUCCGAUAUGACUGCGACCGAGGUCUACAACUUAUACCGAGCCAUAUACGGAUUGUACCCACUCUCCACAACUUUUAGGAACAAACAGUUGAAACUAUUUGAUGCAUUUUUAGAUGAAACUGUAGGUAUUUGUACUGUAAGUAAACCAGUGGGGUCCAUCGAAUAUUGCGAAAAGAGAAAUGCAAUAAAAGUCCUAUGCAAAGAUAGUAGAUAUAUAUAUUUUAGAUCACUUAGAAUAGUAGGGAAAAAAGAAAUAACUGCGCUAGAUUUUUAUAAUGGAUACAUAAAAAAUAUGCCAAUAGAAAAAAGAAAAUGUAUGGUGGUUCAAUAGAAUAAAUAAAUAUGGAAAAUAUAAUUAUACGGGUUUAAUUUUUAUAUAUAAAAAUAAUGAGGAUGACCAUGUUUUCAUAAAACGGCUUGAAAUAUAAAUAUUUAAUAAUGAUUUAUCACAUAGAAAUAUGAUUAAACUGCGGACUACAAGAAAACUAUAUAAUUAUACCAAUCAUAUAAGAUAUGUCUUUAUUGCAAAAGCCCAUAAUGGCAUUAUUUUCUACUUAAAUUACUACUUUGUACUGUUUAUUCUAGUAAUCACAUUGAACAUUAAAAUAUGACUAAAAUCUUUGGUCAAUUAAUAUAUACACUAAUAUAUUGCUAACUUCACUGCGAUUUU